GUCAUAAUCCCCUUGUAGUAGAAGCUCUCUCACGUGACAGGUUCAGAUUUAUAAUGCAAAACUUGCAUGUAUGCAACAACGAUGAGUUAGAUCAUAAAGACCGAUUUGCUAAGAUAAGACCACUACUGGUAAAAAUAAAUCAAAGAUGCAAAAGUUUUAUGCCACAUCACCAAAACCACUCGAUUGAUGAAAGCAUGGUUCCAUAUUUUGGCAGACAUGGGACGAAGCAAUUUAUUAGAGGGAAACCUAUUCGUUAUGGUUUUAAAUUUUGGUGUGGAGGGCCUAGCAAUGGAUAUUUAGUGUGGUUGGAACCUUAUCAAGGUUCAGGAACUUUACCACCGCAAUAUGCCAACUAUGGUCUUGGUUAUGGCGUUGUCAUGACGUACGCCGAUACACUAGAAAAAAUGCCAUAUACCUUUUAUUUUGAUAAUUUUUUCACAUCAUUUCAAUUGCUGAGUGAUCUAAAACAAAGAGGAAUCAAUGCAACAGGUACCAUAAGAAGCAACAGAUUUGGUAAAGGAUGUCCCAUCUCAGAAUCAAAAACUGUGAAGAAGAAACCCAGAGGAUCUAUGGAGUAUGCUAGUGACCACGACAGUGGGCUUUUGUUAGUUUCUUGGAAUGACAAUAGUGUCGUUAACAUUGCAACCAAUAGUGACACUGUACACCCUUUGCGCCACGUGCAAAGAUAUUCACAAGAGAGGAAAGAAAAGAUUUCAGUUCCACAACCAAAACUGAUCCAUAACUACAAUACAUCAAUGGGCGGUAUAGACAGAGCGGAUCAGAAUAUAUCACUGUACCGAGUUUCCAUUCGAGGUAAGAAGUGGUACUUUCCUCUCAUUGCCCAUCUCUUGGAUGUUUCCGUACAAAAUGCAUGGCAGCUACACAGGCAAGAUGGCGGAAAACUCGACCAACUUGCAUUUAGAAGAAGAAUAGUGUUGGCAGUGUUGGAGGGAAACAAACGAGUUGUUUCUGGAAGGGGACGUCCAUCUACCUCUUCUAAAAUUGACUCCAGAUAUGACAGGAUUGACCAUAUUGUAUCUGACAUAGAGAAUGACCCACGCACAGGAAAAAAGAAACAGUUGCAUUGCCGUUUAUGCCACAAAAAGGCAACUACAAAGUGCAUGAAAUGCGAAGUUCCACUCCAUGUGACAUGCUUUUUGCACUAUCAUACGAAAUAAAUGUUCUUUUUACAAGUGUGUCUUUUUUUAAAGCUUGUAAAACAAAGUGCUAAUUUAAAAAUCAUAUUGUAUUUUUUAGUUGUGAAUGUUACUUGUAUUCGGCUGACAUCCUUCCAGAAGGAAGGCUAUUUUUAAGAAAUAUAGAGUUUCGAAAAAGGUAAAAA